AUGGCCACCAAAACUCCUCAUAUUCCUCAUAUACAUCUCCUCUGCAUGGAGGAACAAUUCAGCGACGCUUUUAACGUCGCCCGCAAAAGUCGCAAGCUUCCCGACUCAAUCUCAAUCGAUAUUCACAAUUGCGCUCUAUCGCAGCUCUCAAGCAAAGUCAAAUUCGACACCGUCGUCUCACCUGCCAAUUCCUACGGCCGUCUCGACGGUGCUUUUGACGAUGCUAUAUCACGACAGUUUUCACCCCGCGAUGAUUACCAUGCCCUGACUGGGGUCGCACAAGCUCAGCUUUACAAAACAUGGCGCGGUUUCGCGCCACCUGGGACGUGUACCUUGGUAGAAAUCCCAAGGGAAUUUGAAGCGAGAUCACGAAAUGAGUUUGGGACACGUCGCGUUGCUAUUUGUCCGACGAUGCGUAUGCCUGCUGACGUGAGAUGGGACAAAGAGGUUAUCUAUGAGUGUAUCUGGAGCCUGCUUUGUGCAAUUGACAAUCACAAUCGUGAUGCGUCUGAAUAUGAUCAGAUUCAAAGUGUUCUUAUGACUCCGUUGGCAACAGGUGUAGGAAGGGUAAGUCCAGAGAAGUGGGCGUUGCAGACUGUUCUUGCUAUGAAGCAUUUCGUGGAGGCUUCUGAGAAUCCGGAGAAAUGGAGUUCUUUGCAAUGGGCUGGUCUCGGUAGAACUUGUGCAGAGACACAAUUGACUUGGACAAAAUAG